AUGGAUAACAACACGGGUUCCUGGUGGGCCAAUAUGUCUGAAGAGAUAAGCAAUGUCACGGAAACUCCUGUCAGUAACGUUAGUGGUCCCAAGUUCCCUAUGUACUUGCUCAAUCAGUACGGAAUCUACGUUGCGGGAAUGAACCUGAUGAAUUUACAGGGUUUCCUCUGCUGCGCCAUCGGCUUACCCAGCAAUCUAGCCAGCUUUGUCACCUUAAUGAAAAUGAAACCGAUGACAUCAUCCAUCUUUUUACUUACUGUCCUGGCCGUAGUUGACUUUACGGUGCUCUUCUAUCAACAGCUGUUCUCAAUUCUGAUCCUGAAUUUCGAAUACAGGGUGUUAGAAAUUGGUUGUAAGUUCUACUUCUACAUAGGCACCAUUUUGGUGCAAUACUCAAUAAGGCUCAUGGUGGCCCUAACAGUGGAGCGAUUCAUCGCAGUCUGGUUUCCGUUGAAAGUGGCGAACCUCUGCACGGUAAGACGGGCUAAGAUCACAGUUAGUUGCAUGCUGCUUGGCCUGGCAUUGUUUAACAUACCCUAUUGCAUGGCCUCUUCCGAACGCCAACAACUCACCGGUUGGUGGAUAUGUGGAAUACACGAAGACUUCGAGGCCUUCCUCGUCACAUGGUCCUGGGUGGACUCCGCUGUUUACCUGUUCCUGCCCUGGCCUACUCUACUCUUCUGUAACGUCAUGAUUAUCGUUGGACUGCGGAGUUCCGCGCGUAAGAAAGAGCGCAUGACAAACAGCACAAAUCAAACAGCGGAGUCGAAGCGCCAGCAACAAAGUGUCACUGUUAUGUUGAUCGUAGCAUCUGUCACAUGUUUCGUCUUACUCACCCCAAACGCCAUCUUUUUCAUAUACCAGCGCUACUGGGAGUUUCAGUCCGAUGCGUACCAGUACGCCUCUUACGUCUUUGUGAAUUCGUUUAUAUACUUUUUGUCCAAUUUUAACCAUGCCAUCAACUUCUUUUUAUACGUGGUGAGCGGCCGACGCUUCCGUCGUGUGUUCAUUGCGCUGAUCACGUGCCGGAGCACUGAGGAGGGGGUUCGUGGCAAGACUUCGGGUGUCACUGCCGUGUCCUCGGUUUCCUCAAACUGGAAACCCACCAAAGGUGUGGACAAUGGUGGGUACAAAAAAGACGAGGAAAACAACAUAUAA